UUACUUCUGAUCAUGAGCGCGAAAGAACGUCUUCUCGAAUGCAGUCAAAGACUGUUGUGUGUAACUUCCCGUCAUCCAAUGUGCAUUUCUGACAUUGUGAGAAAGUAUUGUUAUCAUUAUAGAAGUAACAACAGGAGAAUUUUCCGCAUUUAUAUUCUUUCGUCGAAAUGAAUACUACUAAACCAUUUCCAGUUAUCGUUUGGCCAGAUGAUGGCAUAUGUGUCGUGGCGAGUAAAUGGCUAAAUAAAUCUAAAGAUAGUGUGUCAUGUAUCCUACUAAAAGCAAAUGUGCUACGAGACUAGUAAUGUCUCUUAUGGAAAUGCAAGAAGAUUGGGAAGAAUGUAACGUCGACUUUUGCAUAGUUAUAGAAAAUUACGUCGACAGAUGCAACGUAAAUAGAGCAAGGAACAUGAAAAGUAUAAAAAUAUAUCUAAAAUAAACAGUGUACCGGCACCUGAAAAAAAUAUCAGAGAACAGCUCGCUGCAUUGAAAGUUGAACUUUCUCAUUCUAAAGAAACAUCGAAAUGUAAUACAGAUAUAUCAAAUACAAAACAAAAAGUCUUGAUCAUGAAUGAACCUAUGAAAGCAAUAAAUGAUAAAGUAUCUCCCGAAAGAUCAGCACAGAAAGAAAUUGUUAUGAAUUAUGGAAAGAGUCCUGCAGAUACAGGAAAUGGAAAUAUUACUGAUGUUCCCGGUGUACUACAACACACAGAUCUUCAUGCCUUUGAGAACUUAUGUCAACCUUCAUUAAAUACCGAUGGGAGCACAAAUAUAACAUGGACAAUUACUGAAAAUUUUGUUAAAGUUCAAGAAGAAAUACGUGUGAAGCUUGAACAUGUGGAAGUUAAGUUAUACCGGAUCCUAAAUAAGCUCUUCCCAGAGGAAAUAAAAUUAAACAAACCACACGGAAUCCCAGCAUUUCCUCUACGUAAAGAAGAAGAAUGGGAACAAAUGGAAGAAAUUCUCACAAAUAAUAAUGCAUUUAUACGUGGUAAUCGUGUACUUCAUUUUUAAUUGAAUAUUUUUUCCGUUCUUUGUUACCGCGUUACUGUGUUCUAACAAGAUCAAAAUCAUAUAAUGUUUAUUCAUCCGUGACACUGUUGUACAGGUAGAUGUCCUUAUGGCUAAAAUGAAAAACGAGAAAUCAGAAAUUGCUGCUGUGCGGUGUGUACUCCCGAAAAUUAUAACGAAUUCUCUCUCCAGAUGUAUUAGUUGGAAAGGUACUCAGAAAAGAAAAUAGCAUUUAACAAAAGAAAAACAUUUGAGGCUACUCAAGGUAAUUACUUUAUCUUAUACAUUAAUGCAUUCUAUUUACAAAUAAUAAUUGAAAUAUAAGGAG